CACAAAACAGGACCUCAGCUGAAUCAAAGAUUCUGAGGUGGCCGAAACUGGUCAUGAGAAUUUUAGCGUAAAUUUUAUCCCUACAACUGGAUUAAAACCACGUUCUCAUGUAAGAUAUGAAAGCAAGGGUAUUUUUCUUCCUCUGGCUGAUCUGCCUAUCACAGGCAUCGCCAAUAUCAAGAAAGAGAACGAAACGGAGUGUCGAACUAGAAGCAGACAGAGAAGUCAGGACGAUAAUAUCCGCUAUCGUUGAUGCCAUACUCGACGGAGACAAGACUCGUCGAUCUGAUAUACCAGAUGAGGAUGAAGAGAGUAAGUCUCCAGAAUCUGUGAAAGAAGAAAGUAAAAUAUCUUCAGAUAAUGAGGAAAGAAAAGACGAUGAGAAACAAGAAUCAAACGCAAAAACAGAGGAUAAAGACACAUCUGAAAAAUCUGAAGCUUCGGGAAAAGAAGACGCUACGGUGAACGAUAAAGACCAGACCUCUGAAAACAAUGUCGAGUCUGUAGAGAAGCAACCCAAAGAAGAGGGUGAAAAAAUCGAAUCUGAAGACGAUGACAGCUCAGGAUCGAAUGAAGCAGGCUCGUCGUCAGAUGCUCCUACCAUAGUAACUCCAAUAUCCAAGUCAGAUGAUAGGGAAGAGAGCGUACAAAAACCUGAGGAAAGCAAAGACUCGGGAAAAACAGAAGAAGAAACGGUGACCAGGAGAAAUGUUAUCCCUACAGAACUUUUUGAAGAAGAGGAUUCUGGGUCAACCGGUUCAGAACAAGACGACAUGGAUGGCUCUGGAUCAGCAUCAGAAUCGGGUGACGCUGGCGAUACCUCAGACUCGGGUGAAACAGGCGAGGGAGUGUCCGAAACAGCAAAUAUUAUUGGGGAAAAUAAAAAAGGCCCGCCAAGUAAAGACUCAGCGAACGACGACCAAAAAUUGGUCGAACAGGUUAAGGUAGUAGAAAAGCCUGCUGAACAGGUAAAGCAUCAAGAAGAGAUUAAAGAUGAAGACAAAAAUGAACCGGUUAAACAGGUUUCUGAGGAGGGAAAACCAGUUAAACAGGAUGAAUCGGGUGAAGGCGAGGUCCUGGGAAGUAGCAAAUCAGGGGAAGAAGGUAGCAAAUCGGGAGAGAGUGGAGAAACUAGCGAAAUUGGUGAAUCUACCAAUUCAAGAAGAAGUGAGAUUCCAAAGGAAUCUGAUGAAAGUGUCGAGUCAGAGAAAAGUGAAGAAUCUGGAGAGAGUGGAGAAAGUGGCGCGAGUGGUGAAUAUGGCGACAGUGACGAACCGGAAGAAAGUGGUGAAUCUACCAUUUCGAGAAGAAGUGAGAUUCCAAGAGAAUCCGGAGAAAGUGGAGAAACGGGUGAAAGUGGAGAAUCCGGAGAAAGUGGAGAAUCGGGUGAAAGUGGAGAAUCGGGUGAAAGUGGAGAAUCGGGUGAAAGUGGAAAAUCGGGUGAAAGUGGAGAAUCKGGUGAAUCUGGAGAGUCUGGCGAAAGUGGAGAAUCUGGCGAAUCUGGCGAAUCUGGGGAAAGUGGAGAAUCUGGCGAAAGUGAAGAAGGAGAUGUCAGUAAGAGGAGUGAAAUUGCUGAUGAAAAGAAAGAAACUACGAAUAGCAAAGACUCUUUAUUGUCAGAAAAUAAAGAUCAAAAGCCAAAGGAAGCAUCACAAGACAACUCUGCCAAAGAAUCUGGGAACAGUGGCGAUGAUGCGGGUAGCGGAGAGUCUGGGGAGGGCAGUGAAUCUGGAGAAAGCGGAGAGUCUGGGGAGAGCGGUGAAUCUGGAGAAAGCGGAGAGUCUGGAGAGAGCGGUGAAUCUGGAGAAAGCGGAGAGUCUGGGGAGAGCGGUGAAUUUGGAGAAAGCGGAGAGUCUGGGGAGAGUGGAGAAUCUGGAGAAAGCGGAGAAAGCUCGGAUGGUUCUGUCUCCAAGAGAAACAGCAUUCCAGAUGACAACAAUUCUCAAUCAAAGAAAAACCCAACACUUGCAAAGGAAUCUAGCUCGAGAGGUGAGGAAGAUUUUGAAGAAUCUGGCGAAAGUGGCGAAUCUGGCGAAAGUGGCGAAUCUGGCGAGAGUGGCGAAUCUGACGAAAGUAGCGAAUCUGGCGAAAGUGGCGAAUCUGGCGAAAGUGGUGAAUCCGGAGAAAGUGGUGAAUCUACCAUUACUAGAAGAAGUGAGAUUCCAAGAGAAUCUGGCGAAAGUGGCGAAUCAGGAGAAAGUGGCGAAUCAGGAGAAAGUGGCGAAUCGGGAGAAAGUGGCGAAUCUGGCGAAAGUGGCGAAUCAGGAGAAAGUGGCGAAUCUGGGGAAAGUGGAGAAUCUGGGGAAAGUGGCGAAAGUGGAGAAUCAGCUGAUGGAUCUAUCACCAAACGAAGCAACAUUCCAGUAGAGCCCAUAAACGUGUUAGAGAAACUGAAAAAUUUUAAAAUAAAUGCCAAACUAUCUGACGAAAGUAACAAUGCCAGUGAAAAAUCUGGAGAAAGCGGCGAAUCUGGAGAAAGCGGAGAAUCUGGAGAAAGCGGCGAAUCUGGAGAAAGCGGCGAAUCUGGAGAAAGCGGCGAAUCUGGAGAAAGCGGCGAAUCUGGAGAAAGCGGAGAUUCUGAGGAGAGUGGCGAAUCUGGAGAAAGCGGAGAGUCUGGGGAGAGUGAUGAAUCUGAAGACGAGUCCAUAUCUAAACGAGACGAAAUCCCUUCAGAUAACAACGACAAACCUCAGAAUAGCGAAGAGUCUGGGGAGAGCGGCGAAUCUGGAGAAAGCGGAGAAUCUGGAGAGAGCGGAGAAUCUGGAGAAAGCGGAGAAUCUGGGGAGAGCGGAGAAUCUGGGGAGAGUGGAGAAUCUGGAGUAAGCGGAGAAUCUGAGGAGAGCGGAGAAUCUGGGGAGAGCGGAGAGUCAGGCGAAAGUAACGUAUCAAAGAGAAAUAAAAUAGCAGAGGAAAAACCCGACAACAAAGCAGAGGAAGAAAAAGUAAAAUCAGUGAAGUCUAGCAAAAGUGACAAAUCUGGAGCAAGCGGAGAGUCUGGGGAGAGCGGAGAAUCUGGAGAAAGCGGAGAGUCUGGGGAGAGCGGAGAAUCUGGAGAAAGCGGAGAAUCUGGAGAAAGCGGAGAAUCUGGAGAAAGCGGAGAAUCUGGAGAAAGCGGAGAAUCAUUUGAGACAAAAAGAAGCGAAAUUCCAAGUGAACAGACAGAUACGAGCAACCAAGCGCGCAUUGUGAGAAGAAAUUACAUUCCCAAAGAAGAAAACUCAGCCAUACAAGCGCUCAACGAAGACUUAACAGACUCUGCCCUUGGUCUUGAUGAUGAAGAUCAAGAUGAUGAUGCUGAACAUACCUCGGUUGAAAAUAACGAAGGUAUCUCUAAGGUGGAGACUGGUAACGAGCACGGUCAACUGAUAAGCGAUACCCUGGCAAAUGGUAAUAACGAAGACAGCAUGAAAGCGAAGGUGGAGAAGGCUGAUAACAAGCAAGCUGAACUGAUUAGUGAUACACGUAAUAAUAACAACGAAGACAGCGCGAAUGCCAAGGUGGUUAAGACUGGUAACGAGCGCGGUCAGCUCAUCAGCGAUACACUCGGAGAUAUUGGACAAGCUGCACAUGCCGUAGACGUCGAAAAAAAGUCGGAUAUUAUCCAUAGUCUACCUAAGACUAGUGAAGAUACGGCUAGUGCUAGUGGAGAAUCGAGUGGAUCAGCCGAGAUGCCGAACGCAAAUGCCGACGUAACGCCGAGUACACAACGGAAAAUUACGAUCAAGAAUCUGUUCAACGCAUUAGGUGAAUCAGAUGCUGAAACAACCGAAGAAAAACCAAAGCAGCAAGAUGCAGAAAAAAGAUCUAAGACGGAAAAGCCAAGUGAAUUGAAAAUGAAUAGUAUGUUGGACAAAGUUUGGACCCAAGAUGAUGAUGUUGCUGUGGAAACAGCCCCCGUGACUUUGACUCAAAGCGAACAAGCAGAAAAGGCAGAGCUCGCUGAUAAACUAGCAACGUCUUCUAACACUGACCAGGCCACAGUGAACAAAGACGUCCAAGCACUCGAAGGUUACGCUAAUGCACUAACAGAAGUAGGAGGUUUGACGUCAGAGCACCAUAAAGCCAUUGCAACCAAGCUUGCUCUCGACAUGAUGGAUGAUCUGAAGGUCCCGGAUGACAAGCGAGCAGAAGUACUCAAGAAGGAGACCAGGUUUAUAAAAGAUGCUGAGCUUGCCUACGUCAGAAAUAAAAUCGCUCAAGUUCGUCUCGACAUGAUGAAAUUUGCAGAAGAACACCAGGGAGAAAAAGAAACGAUACGAGAAGAGGCGAUUAAACGAUUAGACGACAUCGUCGACCGUCUGCCUCUAUCCAAAAGAGACAUUGAAAAGCAAUUCAAAGAAAUUAAAUCAUCUCCUCUUCUUCAAAAAAUUAUCAAAGGAGCGGCAGAGAAAACCGAGCUUAAGCGUCGACUACGAAGAGCGAUAGCUGAUUUAAUUGUCGAUGAAGUCAUGCGGUGAGCAGUUAAAGCAAAAUCCAAGAAAAUAAUCAUAGAAUAUUCACCUUGUAAAGACACAGUAAGCUAAGACUUUGACCACGAACAUCAUUUUUGAAAUUCAGGAGAUUUUUCAAGAAUCCAAACCAAACCAAAAUUUUUUCUUUUAAUCACGCGCGCCUUUAUCGAGUGAUCACAUGAUUAUUGCCUGAAAACGAAGUUUUGAUAGAGCUUAUGGGUAUAGGGCAUUGUGGGUUAUAAUUUUAUCAAACCUUUUAAGUCCUUAUCAUUGGAAGCUCUAUUUCGACCUCGUUCUCAUGCAAAGGCCUGGUUACCAUUCAAGAUGGUUGAAAAUGGGUUUCUGUCUGAACAUAAGUCUUUCGUCCCCAACUCUCUCACUGUUCGCUAUCUUUUUGUUGCUGCCAAGACUGAACUAUAAGAUCUGCAUGGCCAAAGGAGCUUAUGAAAUUGUAAUUAUUUUGCCUGCACUUAUUCAACAUUGCUUAUAUAAUUUAUCACAAUAUAAAUACAUGGGAACCCUAUGUUUAUUUUAAACGAGGAGGCCUGCUAUAGACCUUUUUAGAUCCACAGGGAGCCCAAACAUCGGAAUUCACUCAACGUUUAAACUUCAUUUCUUUGCUUUACAUUUAAGGACAGUCAAUAUUCGUAGAAAACCUGGCUGUGUACAGUAAUUGUUAAUUCAAUUGUUAAAUUUUGUUUCUAAUGAUUAAUCAAUAAUAAUUUCAAAUAAUUUAUCUACAUUUUAUGUAGAUCAGUUUGGUCAUUUCAUUUGACCUUUUCGACACAUCUGUGAUUUCACAUACGGGAACUCGUUUUUGAUAGUUGCCAUAGAGACAGGAGCCAAGCAAGGCUCUACGAAUAAUAUGUAUCAAUUUCUGUAGAAAACGGGAAUAAAAUAAUAAAUGCUAUGCGAUGCUA